AAGCACCGCCUCGUCCUGUCCCUCAGCAACUGCUUACGGCACGGUUAUGAAAACUGAAGACGAGCUUUUGAUGCAGAUUAACAAUUCACAACGGAGAGAUUUAAUGAUGACAACAUCAUGGAGCGAUCGACUUCAGGACUAUGCAGAUCUCCCAGCAAACAUGGAUGGCCUGGCGAUGAAGAAAUACAGGAGAGAGGCCUAUCAUAGAGUGUUUGUGAACAGAAGUCUGGCCAUGGAAAAGAUUAAAUGCUUCGGCUUUGACAUGGACUACACUUUAGCAGUAUACAAGUCACCUGAAUACGAAUCGUUGGGCUUUGAUCUGACUGUGGAGCGGCUGGUCUCCAUUGGCUACCCGCAGGAACUGCUCGGAUUUGUUUACGACCCCACUUUCCCUACAAGAGGUCUGGUGUUUGACACCAUGUAUGGCAACCUCCUGAAGGUAGAUGCUUAUGGAAACAUCCUGGUCUGUGUCCAUGGCUUUAACUUCCUGCGAGGCCCUGACACCCGAGAGCUCUAUCCCAACAAGUUUAUCCAGCGUGAUGACACAGAACGCUUCUACAUCCUCAACACACUCUUUAACCUUCCAGAAACAUACCUUUUAGCCUGCCUGGUUGACUUCUUCUCAAACUGUGACCGUUAUUCAAGCUGUGAAAAGGGCUUUAAGGAUGGAGACCUCUUCAUGUCCUUCAAGAGCAUGUUCCAAGAUGUCCGAGAUGCUGUAGACUGGGUACAUUUCAAGGGAACGUUGAAAAAGAAAACAGUGGAAAACCUGGAGAAGUAUGUUGUGAAAGAUGCCAAGUUGCCAUUGCUGCUGAGCCGCAUGAAUGAAGUCGCUAAAGUUUUCUUAGCCACCAACAGUGACUACAAAUACACAGACAAAAUUAUGACGUACUUGUUUGACUUCCCCCAUGGCCCAAAGCAUGGCACUUCACACCGUCCAUGGCAAUCAUACUUCGACCUCAUCCUAGUAGAUGCUCGAAAGCCUUUAUUUUUUGGAGAGGGAACUGUUCUAAGACAGGUGGAUACGACUACAGGCCGGCUGAAAAUAGGAACAUACACUGGACCUUUACAACAUGGCAUUGUUUACUCUGGAGGUUCUUCUGACAUUGUGUGUGACCUGCUUGGAGCAAAAGGGAAGGAUAUUGUGUACAUUGGGGAUCACAUUUUUGGAGAUAUUCUUAAGUCCAAGAAGCGUCAGGGUUGGCGGACGUUCCUGGUGAUUCCUGAAUUGGCUCAGGAGCUGCAUGUUUGGACAGACAAAAGCUCUCUGUUCGAGGAACUGCAGGGCUUGGACAUUUUCUUGGCAGAACUCUACAAGCAUUUGGACAGCAGCAGCAAUGAGAGGCCAGAUAUCAGUGCCAUCCAGAGAAGAGUGAAAAAAGUGACUCAUGAUAUGGACAUGUGCUAUGGGAUGAUGGGAAGUCUGUUCCGCAGUGGCUCUCGGCAGACUCUGUUUGCGUCUCAGGUGAUGCGUUACGCUGACCUGUAUGCUGCCUCAUUCAUCAACCUGCUCUACUACCCCUUCAGCUACCUGUUCAGAGCCGCUCACGUGCUGAUGCCCCAUGAGUCCACAGUGGAGCACACUCACGUAGACACAGAUACCGAGUCUGCUCUGGCCACACGCAACCGCCACUGUGUGGACUGCAAGGACAUCGACUGUAAAAGAAACCAGCUCACACGCUCCAUCAGCGAAAUCAAACCGCCCCACCUGUUCGCUCAGCCGCCGCAGGAAAUCACACACUGCCACGACGAAGAUGACGACGAAGAGGAGGAGGAAGAGUAGAUGUUUUGACCUAUCCUAGGGUAAAGAUCUGUAGGGUGAUGAUGAUAGAGUGAUGAGGAUAUCGUGUGAGGUGGAUGGAUGAAGUAGACUAUAAUUGCCAAACCAAGCUCAAAAAGCUUACCAGACUUCAGUUCACCCGAACUGACAGUUUCCUCCAUUAAAGAUAACUAAUGCAUAAGUUAUGCAAAAAACAAAAACAAAAUUGUUUAUCAGUCACUAUAAAAGCACAUAAUGUCAUGUGAUAAACAUCCUAUGGAAACAGUUUACUGUGAACUGAUGGUAAAACUCAUGAGUUUACAUGCAUCAUGCUACAGACAGCAUGCUGGCAAAGACUCAGAAAAUCCAAGCCUGUUAGGACAAGUGUUAAAGUUGGUUAUUGGAUCCAUACAGAUACACGUUAUAGUCAUAUUUUACUAUUGUUUUAUAGUUUUUAACAGUUUAGGCAACUUUUUAAGUAGCCAGUCCAUUCAGUCAGAUUAGCUUGGUUACUACCUCCUGCAAAGACUGUUCCUUUAAAAAAAACUCUUGUGUUUUAAAGCUUUGUAUGUUGGCAAGGUGUUUGUGUUGAAGUCCCGUGUGUUGAGAAUCUGAAUGAAGCACAGAAAACCGAAGCACGGUUCAUUGUGACGUGUGUAUGGAAGUGUAGCCAACACAAGAAUCCAGUUACUUGGCAACAGCAUGCAGCUGCUUUUUUUUAGAGGUUUGUUGUUAACCUUUUGGUUUUCAUCUAUUUUAAUGCAGACAUUUUGGUUAGCGCUAAUGCUACAGAGUAGCAAACAGAUGCCUCGUGUAUUAGGGCGCAAAAUGAGAGACAUCAUAUCAGUACCUGCUCUAAUUUUGGCAACAAUGUCACAUUGAACAAUGACAUACUGUAUUUUUAUACUCUUAUAUAAGCUAAACAGAACACUCUAGUUUUGUCUCAAACAUUACACAUGCCAUUAAUAUCUGCCUCACAUAAGAAAACUAUUCAAAUAUCAUAUAGUAAGUGACCUUGAUAUGCAAAAAAAUAUUUAUAAAAACUGUGUUUUAUGGCCUGAGCAGCUUAUUACACAUCAGUAAAUGAAAAGUCAUUGAGAGAAGAAGUACAAUGAAGUAAACAGCUGGACAUUGUGAAGAUGAUAGGUUGAGAAAGAAAGUGCUGUUGCUUUGGUAAAUGUUUUUAUAGAAAUUAAAGCAGUCCUGGAUAAUGUUUGAACUCUGUCAAUGGUUUACUCCUAUGUGGACCAAACGGUGUUGAGAAAUUGUGUUCGGUUUAGCUUCAAGGGUCCCAUUAGAGACUUUUAGGUUGUCCCCACAGCAAGUAUGUGGAGUUUUUAAAGAAAUAAACAUUAUUUUUUGAGUAUAAUGGUGGAUCACGGUUUAGAGAGGAAGUGGUUUUAGCUGUGGGAAGUGUUUCAAGUGCAUGAAACAUGUAGAUUUGGAUGAUUAGUGUGACUUUUAUAUGCAUUACUCAGAGAUAGUGUGUAGGAUCUGUUUGAAUGAAGCUACCCAAUCCAUAGUGUAAUGUGUAUUACUCGUAUGCAUAUUGUAACUGUAUGUUUUUUUUUAUUUUAUAAGAAUGUAGUUUUUUUUUUUGUUUGUUUUUUUCCAUAGGUCUGACUGUCAGUUUUUAAAAGGGAAGACCAAGUAGGUCUAAAAUAUAAAGGGUUUUGGUGAGGCCCAAAAAUGGUUUCUAGGUUUUCAAAAGUCGGUUUCCAAGGAAUCAGUUAAAGAGACGUUUUUAAACAUACAAUGCAUAUUUUAUUUGUCAGUUUUUUGUGUAAAAACAACUGGACAUCCUAAAACGGGGCAGCUCUUUCAAAAUAUACUUGUUCUUGGUUCUUUAGAGACCACAGUAUAGAGAAAGUGUUUUUUAUGUCCUAAAAAAAGAUGCAGUAUCUUUCUUUCCUGUUUUCAUUAGCUUUUUAUAUAAAAACUCAGUGGUGUGGGUGUGUGUAUAUAUAUACAUAAUAUGGCCAGCUCCCUGGACAUGGAUUAAAACUAGUCCUGGGCUAAUUUGCACUAGUGUUGGCAGUUGUCCUUUUUAGUUGUCUAUGCAAGGGAAACUGGCUUAGAUUAUAUUUAAAAAAAUAAUAUAAUAGAAAGUGCUUUAAGUUUAAACAAUAUUCGUCCAAUUUUCCCAGUAGUGUAUCCUAGAUACAUCUUUAAUGGGUGAAGGUCUCAUCAGUAUAGUCAUAGGUAGCAUUGCAUAUAUCUCUGUUUGAACCAAUGUUUUCAUAUUAUAUUUUGGCAUAGUUUACAGAAAACAGUUAAUUGUGCCAAUAACUUACUAAUAUACUGAGUAUUUGUUCCUUUCUGGGUUUUUUUUUUACCUUUUUGAAUUAAUUACUUUUUUGUGACUUUAUUUUCUAGUUUUCAGUUUAGCGAAAGGAAAAGGUGCAAAACUGCUGUCUGUAAAAGAGAUCUAGCAAAAUAGACAUGGCAUUUAUGAAUCCAAUUUUUUGUUUUGUUUCGUUUCGUUGUUUGUUUAGGGCAUGUGAUUUCAUGUCUCCGAUUUCAUUGUUCCCUGAAUUAUUAUAGCUUCUGAUUUAUAGUUCUAAACUUAUACAUAUAGGAAAUUGCGUUGCAAUGUCAAAUAAAACUAAUUUUCCAUAAUAAC